AUGGUUAAUCUGCGCUCAGGAGGAACGCCAGAUUUGACGAAAGAAUACGCGGCCAGAACGAGACGAAACCGAAGGGAUAGGACCCCGGAGAAUAGGACUCCAGAGCCCGCAGGUUCACUGCCUACACAGAACACAGAUAACGAGUCUAAUAACGCAUACGACGACCUGGUUAACAAAAUGCCGGAGAACACGGAUGGCCAAAGUGGCCAGGUAUCAGGAGUUAGCGAGCAAACCCUGAUGAAACGAGAGAUCGCAAAACUUCAGCGAGAAGUUGAAAGGAUGAGAGCUAGCAGGGAGGCACUCCCUGCCAAUGCUAGCAGCGAUGAAAUGAGUGAAGAUCUUGCGAACUACCUACAGAAGAAAGGCAGGACUACCACCACAAUCAAGAUCUUGGCCGAAUUUAGGGAGCAAGUGAGGAACAUCAAGAAACCUGUCAUCCUGACUGGUUCUGCGAACUAUCCCAUGUGGAGGGAAGAGAUUCUACUGGCCGCUAAGCAGUCUGAAACUGAUGAUAUCCUUGAGGAGAAGCAAUUUGCCCCUGAGGACGGUGCCAGCGAGGUCUCAUUUUACGAUACCCUCAGAUCGUCAGUUGUCGGCGUAUACUCUAUGGACGAUCAUAGAAGAGAACUUUUCAGAGAGGCCUGCAGCUCAGAUAGAGCAUUUAUUGCACGCCCAAUCGCCAUUCUGUCCGAAUAUACCAGUUUGGGUGCUGGAUGGGCAUCAUUCAUCAGAGAUAGGAUGGACCACGCCGCGAAAGAUACCAACGCCCAAGAUAUUGAGACGGAUUUCAUGGGACUGUGUCGAGAUAUUCUAUCGCACCUGCCAGCCGCUGGACAGAACACUGCCGUGACGGAUAUGAAAAAUCCUGCGAAUAAUGCCCAAGAUUCAUCGAAAAAGAAUAAGAGUAAGGAUAAGGAUUUGGGGCUUAAAGACAAAGGCAAAAAUAAGGAGUCCAAGCAGGGUAGUGGCAACAAUACAAAUAAGACAUGCCACAAGGCAGGACAUCUCAAGGCUGACUGUUGGACGAAAUAUCCGGAAAAACGCCCUGCGGACCGUAAGGGGAAGGAUAAGGAUAGAGACAAGGAUAAGGAUAUUGGCAACGCUGCUCUGGUCCAAACGCUGUGGAGCAAUGGUAAGGUGGUAGAGGAAACCUGGGUCCUAGACUCUGGAUCAGGAGCCCACGCCACGCCUCUGAAGGAUAUUGUCGAGGUUACGCCCCAAAAAUCUAAUGUCAUGUUGGAGAUGGCGGACGGAUCUACGGCCCCAGUAGCGGCUGUAGGGAGGGUCCCGAAGCUGGAGGUCAACCUAAUGAGCUUCGGCAAACUCGCACGCAAAGGUUAUACUUUCAAACAGUUGGCGUACAGCAAUAAUCAUUCAACCUUGCUGACGUCUCCUGGCAGGAUGACAAGUUUAACAGCGUAUUUAAAUAACAAAAAUAUAUACGUGGUGGAAAAGCCGCCAGCAUUGAGAGAUUUGGUCUGUUUUGUAAUGCCAAACGGUGAUUUUGAACCCGCGUACGUUUUGCGGUCGAAUUACAAUCCCCUAUUGGAGCUAUCCAAGGGCGACAUCAAGAUUUUGGAAUACACAAUGGUGCAGUGGCAUCAAAAGGCUGGGACACCUAAACCCAGCGGAUAUAUCAAGAUUGGCAGCGGAUCCUAG